UUGGGAGAGCGCUUUUUGGGAAAGGGGGCGACCAACUCUCAGUUGAAACCCUCGUUUUCCACCAUUUCUCAAUUAAUUGGUCUUAAUUACACUGAGACUGUCUCCUCUUUAGCCGAUUGUGCAAUUCGCAUGGAAUUUUGUGAGAUUAUUUGCGAGUUUUGAUCGCUAUUGCGACUCUGUCACGCCUUUCACGAACACCGGAAAAAUCAGUAGGUCCGGUGGAAGAUUUGAAGGAGUACCCUAAAAAUGUCAUCCGGACGACCGAUCAAGUGUGUUGUUGUCGGCGAUGGAACCGUAGGGAAGACCUGCAUGCUCAUCUCAUACACUACGGACAGUUUUCCAGGCGAAUACGUUCCCACCGUUUUUGACAAUUACUCAGCGCCAAUGGUAGUGGAUGGAAUCCAGGUGACAUUGGGGUUAUGGGACACAGCUGGUCAGGAGGAUUACGAUCGCCUGCGUCCGCUAUCCUACCCACAGACGGAUGUAUUUCUCAUAUGCUUCAGCGUCGCCAGUCCUUCCUCCUUCGAGAAUGUCACGUCCAAGUGGUACCCAGAGAUCAAGCAUCACUGCCCUGACGCGCCCAUGAUCCUCGUGGGCACCAAAAUUGACCUGCGAGACGACCGGGAGACCCUCACGUGCCUGGCGGAGCAGGGACUGUCGCCGCUGAAGCGGGAGCAGGGCCAGAAGCUCGCUAACAAAGUGCGGGCUGUCAAAUACAUGGAGUGUUCAGCACUUACCCAGCGAGGCCUCAAGCAGGUAUUCGAUGAGGCGGUACGAGCUGUUCUGAGGCCAGAGCCACUGAAGCGACGCCAACGAAAAUGUGUUGUUAUGUAAAAAGCCAGAGUAAGAGAGAAAACAUUUAAAAUGAAAUUUAAUCCAAAUUUACAAGAGAAGCAACUCAACUCCGCCAGAGCUCCUCCAAGAUAUUUUACAAUUGAAUUGCGGACGUCUCAGUGUCACUCUCUAUGUCAAUUUUAUGUUCCAAUUUUGGCAUCUCUUAAACACAAAAUCACAGCAACGAUAUAUCACUUUUUUAUACUUAUAUACUCGUAAAUUUUCUACUUCUUUUCGAUGUAACAGUUAGAAGGAGUGCCAUAAUUGAGAAGAAGGUUUUUUUUUUAGAAAGAAUAACGAUUGGAGACUUUUUUUAUAGUAACUUGUUUACAUGGAAAAUUUUCUAUCCAUAUUGAAUCUCAACAAUAUUCACAAAAAUAAAUUGUGAAGCAAUUUUAUUUUAGAACAAAAAGAACUGAUUGAUAAAAAAAUGUUUUUAUUCAUUUACUAAUUUAUUAAUUUUCUAUUCUAGAAUACCCAAAUUUUUCUCUAACCAUUUUAUACAGAAAAAAAAUAUUAUCCCUCUUCGCAGCUUCUUUUCUAUUUAUGAGGUCAGUAGAAGAAAACAACAAAGUUUUUCGUAGUGAUAGGAACUCUAAUAGGUUUUGCAUUUAUAGAGACUAACAAUUUUUGAAUGAGGAUUUUUUGCAAAAGAAUAAAAGAAACAAAGUGUUAUUUACUGGAGCGUUAUAGUUGAAUUCUAAAUGGAUGAUGGAGUACGCACAAUUAUUUUUUAUUGUGUAAAUAUGUUCUUGAAAUUAUGGAUAUAAAUGAGGGGGGUCAUUCACAGUAAGCUCAAACCAGUUUUAAUUUUCUAGCACACUUAAUAAAAAUUUUAAAAUCAUAUUUACAAAAUAAAAUAAACCGUGUGUAUGUCAUUGUAUCUGUUGUUUGUCACAACUAUUUGACAGUUGAGUCCAUUGAGUCGAGCAAAUAUCAAAUAAGAUUGAAUAUUCUUUAUAUAUUUGUCUCACAUAUGCAAUUCAACGCAUAAUAACUUGUUUUGUAAACAUAUUGACGUUUUAGCAAUGCCCAGCGCACAAUAACUUUUAUUUGUAAACUUAUUUCAAAAUUUUUAAUGAGAAUGAGCGAGAUGACUAGAUCUAGAUCUCACUCACUCUAAUUUAAAUAUCAGAAACAUAUUUACUAAACAAAAGUUAUUGUGCGUUGGGCAUAAGAGUGUAAUCUCCAACGCAGAAUAACUUUUGUUUAGUAAAUAUGUUUUUGACAUUUCAAUGAGAGAGAGUGAGAUCUAGAUCUAGUCAUCUCUCUCAUUCUCAUAGGAAAUUUUGAAAACAUAUUUAUAAACAAGUCAUUGUGCGCUAGGUAUAAGAGAUCUCAAUCUAGUCGCCUCGGUUACUCUCAUAGGAAGCUUUGAAACUACUUAUAAAGAGUGUAAGAAAUGACUGGAUCUAGACUUCUUCUUCUUCUAUUUUACGUUUAGGCUGUCGGUCUCACUCGGGUUCAUAUAACCAAUCUAAAACUUCAUUGACUCUCACUGAGUUGUCAAAAACAUGUUUACAAAACAAAAGUUACUGUGCGUUAUAUCCAACGCACAAUAACUUUUAUUUAGUAAACAUAUUUUUGACUUUUCAAUGAGAGUGAGUGAGAUCUAAAUCUAGUCAUCUCGCUCCUUCUCAUGGGAAAUUUUGAAAACAUGUUUACAAACAAAAGUUAUUGUGCGCUGGUUAUAAUGUCCAGAGCACUAUAAUUUUUGUUUUGUAAAUAUGUUUUCAAAAUUUUCUGUGAUAGUAAGCGAGAUGACUAGAUGCAGAUCUCACUCACUCUCGCUGAAAUGUCAGAAAUAUGUUUACAAAAUAAAAAUUAUUGUGCUCUGGGCAUUACUCGUUAUACCCAACACAAAAUAAGUUUUAUUUCGUAAACAUGUUUUUUAACAUUUCAGUGAGAAUGGAAAAGAUUUACAUCUAGUCAUCUCACUCACUCUCCUAGGUAUAUUCAAAGACAUGUUUCGAAAACAAAAGUUAUUGUGCGCAAGGCAUUACACUUAACAAAUAACAGGUAUUUAGAGAUCUAUUUUAAAUUAAUCAAUCCAUCAUGCAAGAAUCAAUCUACAAUAUUUUCCAGUAAAUUUCACUGUAUAUUUCCUUGGUGCGAAGACUGAGUUGAGCAGCCAUAUAACUUCUAACAUGAUAAAUGUAAUAUUGACAAUGUUUUUAAGACAAAAAAAAAAGAAUAUGUAGAAGUAGUAAAGAAUUGAAAAAAAAUUAUUAUAAAAUAUUAUUUGAGAAAUAACCAAAAUUUAUCUAAAAGAUUUAACUGUAAAGCAAAAUAAAUGGAGAAUAUUUGGUAAGAAAAGAACCAAAUUUUUACAUGUUCGCCAUAGUUGUAUUUUUAGAAGAGAAAGAGGAGAAACAAAAGAAGUAAAAAAAACAACUAAAUUUGUACACUGUCUCUCUGGGUUUCUUUUUUCCUUAAUGCAUGGGAGAAGAUGGAAAUGACAAAAACUACCAAAGCACGUAUAUUUCUUUUAGUCAAAAAAAAGAUGCGAAAGAAGCACAGGAUGAUGGAAGAAAUCUUUUUAUUGAAAAUCUUUUAUUGCCAUGUAUUUUUUAAAAGUAUUUUUCCUUACACCUUCGAUCCCAAUAGUCUAGUCACCUGUAUUUCAAAGUUUAACCUCAGAGUUUAUACAAAAACAAAAAUUAUUUUUCCUACAAAAGAAUACUUACAGAAAUAUUUUAGUGAAAAUAAAGCAAAAAAAAACAUUUCAAAUUUAAACAAAAACAAUUGAUGAAAAUCAUCAAGGAAUAUGUCAAUUUAUUACAGCGAGCAUUUUGCGUGAAGAGGACAAAAAAGGAAUAAGAGAAAGAAAGAAGAAAAGAAUAUAGUUAAUCCGGUGAUAUUAAUUUUAUUAAUCAACAAACUAUAACAACUGUAAUCACACACAAGAAAUUAUAUCUCAUUUUUUUUUGUAAGUUAUCUUCUUUACACAUCUUUAGAUACUUUUUACAAAUUAAUUAAUUACGUUUCUCAGUGACAAGCCAUAAUUAUUUUCUGUAAUUGGAUAAAAUUAAUUCUGUGUUUAGUUUUUUUAUUUAGAUUAUAAAUUAUUAUUUAAAGGUGAAACAAUAUAAUAAAUAAAAAAUAUUAAUAACAAAUGA